AUGUCGGCAAUUGAGCCCGCUUUUGUUUCCGCCGAAGAUGAGUGGUCGCCGCUUCGAUCCGUCAUUGUCGGUAGGGCGGAAGACUCUGCUUUCCCAUCUGAACCUGAGCACAUGAUGGCGGCAACAAUGCCCUCAGAGCACUUGCUGCGUUUCAAGCCUUUGAGUCCCUUCCCCCCCGCCAUCCUCGCUCGGGCACAGGAGGAGCUUGACAAUCUGGCAGACGUCAUGCGAAAGGAAGGGAUUCGUGUAUACCGUCCUAACAAGGUCAAUUGGCUCAAGAUGCAAGGCUAUACCGGCGCUAUGCCGCGAGACGGUCUGAUGACGGUGGGGUCUGCACUAAUUGAGGCUCCAUUCUCCUGGCGUUGUCGCCGCCAUGAAAUUACAUUGGCCUACUCGGAAAUUUUGUCUGAGUUGGGCAGCAGCAAUUCAGGCGUAACCAUCUGUCGCGCACCGUUGAUUACAGGUGAGGAUACCCUGUAUCACGGCAUGCUAGGCAAAAGCAGGACCAAUGGCAAUAUUCCCACCUCUCGUUGGUCCAUCAACAACUCGAGGCCUGCGUUUGAUGCGGCGGACUUCAUGCGCUUCGGAAAGGUCGUUAUUGGCCAGCUGAGCCACGUCACCAAUCGUAGAGGAGUGGAAUACUUGCGGGCCGUGGUUCCAGAGGGUUAUACAGUCGAGAUUUUGGAGACAACGGACGAGCAUGCCAUGCAUAUCGAUGCCACCCUCCUCCCCCUGCGCAAGGGGCUUAUGGUGUACCAGCCAGAGCGUGUAUCUGAGCACGAGCUGAGACAGCACGAGGUAUUUCACGACUGGGAGCUGCUCGCUUGCCCAAUAACGCCAGAGCCUCGCCAGCCUCCGAGCCCGCCCAUGUACAUGUGCAGUCCCUGGCUCAUGCUGAAUGCUCUUAGUCUAGAUGAGAAGCGGGUGCUAGUUGAGGCAAAUGACAAGGAGUUUGCAGCAUGGCUUACGACGCUGGGCAUGGAGCCAAUCAUGGUCCCCUUUGGACAUGUAAACAGCAUUGGCGGGUCAUUCCAUUGCGCUACUGUUGAUUUGGUCAGGUCUGGCGCAAAGGACUAA